UUGAACAUUGGGAUGGAUUUCAUUUUGAACAUCUAAUGCUGCAGACUGUGAAACAUCUUUAAGAAAACUUUGAAUAAAACAAAGAAUGCCUGCAUGAAGAAUACAACAAGUUGACAGUGAAUUUAAUGUAGCCUAGCUGAAGAGAUUCUUGGAUACGCAUGUGUUCAUGGUGUUGUGUUUGGUCACCUAUUCCCCCCUUAUAAACAUUGACCAGAAUGGAACACAGACACAGGGAAGCCAUCAGGAAGAACUGGACAUUCCUCCUAGAGAACCUUAUAGUGGACGAACUGAUGGACUUCCUUAUCUCCCACUCCAUCCUGACGGAGAAUAUGAAGGAGGAGGUGGAGAUCCAGAGAACCAGGAGGGAGAAGGCCACCCAGCUUCUAUUUAUAGUACAGAAGAGGGGGCCACAGGCGUUCCAGACGCUCGUCGACGGACUUAAAGAGUGUCAGAUGGGGUUCAUAGCAGAGAGAUUAGAACAGGCGGUUUGAUAUUGUGAGGUUCAUAGAAUGAUAUGCCAUGAUUUUGCUGUUUUUUUAGUUCAAGGCCUAUGUGCUGUACAUGUAUUAAACAGUAUGUUAAAGUUUGGAAUGAUUUUUAUGUAUGGUAUCUUUUCACAUUUAGUCAUUCUAUUAUUACAAUUGAUUUGUUUUAUACUAAAAGUAACUACAGUUUUAUGUAAGAAUCAUACAAUUAUUUUUUAGUAAUUAUUGAAUAUGUACCGGUAAGCAGUUCAAUAUAAUGUACUUUAAUUUAAUCAGUACUGUUGUAUUGCAUUCAUUGUACAUACCGUAAUAAGUACAUGUAUCAUAUGAUUUAUACUUACAUGUACAUUUGUAAGCUUCAGGCAUAUAAUGCCAUUAUAGGAUUUGAUCAUCUGACCAAUUUCAAAAUCCCUUUAAGUUGUUACUUGUCAGUUAUUUCAAUACACAUUUUAUUUUGCAUUUUCAUUAGACAAAAAUAUUGAAGGAAUGCAAACCAGAUCUUUUUACUUUUAAAAUUCAAUCUCUAAAUGAAAUUGCUUUAGGAAUGUGUGUUA